CGCGCCGGGAGCGCUUCCGUUUCCGGCGGCGGAGCCCGCGUGAGGCGGCGGGAGCGGCGGAGCGCGCCGCCCCGGGACCGGAACCGGAAGCGGAGCCAGGAGCGGAGCCCGCGGGCGGAAGCGGAGCGGGGCGGCAGCGCAGGGCCCGCCAUGGCCCUCAUCUGCUCCAUCUCCAACGAGGUCCCCGAGCACCCGUGCGUCUCGCCCGUCUCCAACCACGUCUACGAGCGGCGGCUGAUCGAGAAGUACAUCGCGGAGAACGGCACCGACCCCGUCAACAACCAGCCGCUGUCCGAGGAGCAGCUCAUCGACAUCAAGGUCGCCCACCCGAUCCGGCCCAAGCCGCCGUCUGCCACGAGCAUCCCGGCCAUCCUGAAGGCGCUGCAGGAUGAGUGGGUGAGUGGCGGCCGGGAGCGGAGGCCGGUAACGGGGCUGAGCGUGUCUGCCUGCCCGCCUGACUCUGCCCCGUCCCGGCAGGACGCCGUCAUGCUGCACAGCUUCACCCUGCGCCAGCAGCUGCAGACCACGCGCCAGGAGCUGUCCCACGCGCUCUACCAGCACGACGCCGCCUGCCGCGUCAUCGCUCGGCUCACCAAGGAGGUCACUGCUGCCAGAGAAGCUCUGGCGACGCUGAAACCGCAGGCCGGCCUCAUCGUGCCCCAGACCGUGCCGUCCUCCCAGCCCAACGUGGCGGGAGCUGGGGAGUCCAUGGACCUGGGAGAGCUCGCAGGCAUGACCCCCGAGAUCAUCCAGAAGCUUCAAGACAAGGCCACGGUGCUGACCACGGAGCGUAAGAAGAGAGGCAAGACGGUUCCGGAGGAGCUGGUGAAGCCGGAGGAGCUCAGCAAGUACCGGCAGGUCGCCUCGCAUGUGGGGCUGCACAGUGCCAGCAUCCCGGGGAUCCUGGCCUUGGACCUCUGUCCUUCCGACACCAACAAGAUCCUCACUGGCGGGGCUGAUAAAAACGUCAUCGUCUUUGACAAGAGCUCAGAGCAGAUCCUGGCGACCCUCAAGGGCCACUCCAAGAAGGUCACCAGCGUCGUGUUCCACCCCUCGCAGGAGUUGGUGUUCUCGGCUUCUCCCGAUGCUACCAUCCGGAUCUGGUCUGUGCCCAACGCCUCCUGCGUGCAGGUUGUGCGUGCCCACGAGGGCUCCGUGACCGGGCUGAGUCUGCACGCCACGGGUGACUACCUGCUCAGCUCUUCUGAUGACCAGUACUGGGCUUUCUCGGACAUCCAGACCGGCCGUGUCCUCACCAAGGUGACAGAUGAGAGCUCUGGCUGUGCUCUCACCUGCGCCCAGUUCCACCCGGACGGGCUCAUUUUUGGAACAGGGACGAUGGACUCUCAGAUCAAGAUCUGGGAUCUGAAGGAACGCACCAACGUGGCCAACUUCCCGGGGCACUCGGGCCCCAUCACCAGCAUCGCCUUCUCCGAGAACGGCUACUACCUGGCCACAGCUGCAGACGACUCUUCUGUCAAGCUCUGGGACUUGCGUAAGCUCAAGAACUUCAAGACGCUGCAGCUGGACAAUAACUUCGAGGUGAAGUCUCUCAUCUUUGACCAGAGCGGCACCUACCUGGCGCUGGGCGGGACAGACGUCCAGAUCUACAUCUGCAAGCAGUGGACGGAAAUCCUCCACUUCACCGAGCACAGCGGCCUCACCACAGGAGUGGCUUUCGGCCACCACGCCAAGUUCAUCGCCUCGACGGGCAUGGACCGGAGCCUCAAGUUCUACAGCCUGUAGCCCCGGGCCUGGGGCCGGCAUCUCCCGCUGCAGCGCUGGGGUUUGGGGCGGGUGGGGGGUUGGGGGGGAGGGACUGGGGGGGAGGGAGGGAGGGAGGUGUUCUGUUACUCCUUUAGGCUCCCCUGCUCUAGCUGUGGGCAGAGGGGAAGGUAGUUGGAUGUCGCCCUCCCUGUGCUUCAUGGAUUUGUUGUUUCAGUUUUUUCUUCUUUUCCGGUUUGGUGUUUGUCUUUCUGGCUUUAGAUUCUCUUCCGUGGCUGUAACUGAUGCACCGAACGGCUCCGACCCACGCGCGGGUGGAAGUUUGUGACGGGUUGUGGGGGGAUGUGCGGAGGGAAGGGGGGGACUGUGCAGGUUUUGUAAGCAGUUACCUAGUUUCGUUACGGAAAUAAAGAAUUAUUCACCUUA